GCCUGCUUAACAUCCAGAUCUAGUUCAAAACCGGAGUUGUAGCUCACCUUUAUCGAUAAGUAGCUUGUGUCCUGUCGAUUAUUUUUCAAUGUUCUAGGUGUCUGAAGACUGCCUGUACCUCAACAUCUGGGCACCCCUCGGCACCAACUCCACCUCCUCCCUCGCCGUCAUGGUCUACAUACACGGUGGCAACUUCGUCCACAUGAGCGGGGGCAGUUUGUUGUACGACGGCAGUGUUCUCAGUCAGAAGGGAGAAGUCAUUGUCGUCAACGUUGACUACAGACUAGGUGCUCUGGGGUUCCUGGUAACUGGAAGUGGGGAUGGGGACGCUGUUGGGAACUACGGCAUCCUGGACCAGAGACAGGCUCUGAAGUGGGUCAAGGAGAACAUCAAGGCGUUUGGAGGGGAACCCGGAAGAGUGACCUUGUUCGGCCAGAGUGCUGGGGCUCAGUCAGCUAUGAUACAUCUGGCCUCGGAAGAAAGCAGCGCUUUAUUCCACAACGCUAUCAUUCAGAGUUCCCCCUUCUCCAUCCCGUACAAAACCCACGCCGAGGCAAUAAUCCUUGGAGCCCAUUUUGCCAGUCUGCUGAACUGUACAGCCAGGGACAUUAACUGCCUCAGACAGAAGAACUCAGUUGACAUAGCUCAGGCUCAGUUCAUCAGCAGAGGUAAGCUCUCUUCACUGAGAUAUCUGGAGGAGUUUGAACCCUGGGGACCCUGGGUGGAUGGGGUCACCGUCAAGGCAGAACCAAUCACAGCUAUGGACAAGGGAUUCUUUCAGAAAAAACCUGUCAUGAUUGGUACGACUUCCGAAGAGACCCGGAUUUACAUCUACAACGCCUGGGACAAACCCAUAGACACUGUUGUCUACACUGCUGCUAUCCUCGCUACGCAUCCGAACCAUGCUGUGGAAAUAAUGUACGAAUACCCGCCAGACGAACCUCAGGAUCAGAGGAACAACCUGGCUGUUCUUGCUACUGAUUUCAUCUUCGGCUGUGCCACCCGUCACGUGACAAGGAAGAUGUUGGACUACGGCGUCAGUGACGUUUGGCUCUACAUAUACGACCACGCAUUCUCCUUCCCUGGUUGGGGGAAUAUGACCUUCUGUCAGGGUCACGUCUGCCAUGGGUCGGAAGUUCCGUUCGUGUUCCAGUCAGCCGGUCGUGGAGGUUUCAAAUACACUCCCGAUGAGUUGUCUCUCAGUGAUCUCAUCAUCAGUUACUGGUCAAAUUUCGCCAAAACAGGUGACCCUGUGGGAAUGCCCGGCUCCGGGGUCAAGGCCGUCCCAGAUUGGCCUCGUUAUCAUGUAGAGAUCCAGCAGAAACAGUGGCCUUAUCAACACUUUAGGACACCCAAGUCCUUUGUGGACCCUAAGUAUAACGCUCCUUACUGUGACUUCUGGGAUAAAGUUGGAUAUGAUAAUUAAUUAAUUACAACUUGAAUUAAAUAAACACAAUAUGCAUUA